CCAUGGUGAAACAUAUUGAUGACAUUUUAGCACAGAUUGGAUGGGCUGAAGGAUUUAGAGUACCAGGAGCAAAUGAAGAGAAUAAAGCUCUCGAAGAGGAGGUUGAAAAGAAGUUAAAGGAAAAAGCUAAGCUUUCAGCCUGCUCUGAUGAACUGAACGACAAAAUAAAUUCUUUGAAGAAACAGGUCCAAACACUAAAUGACGCUUAUAAUCAGAAUCAGGCUCUUAUAACAGCGAAUCAAAGACAGUUACAGACAGAAGAUGACUUAUAUAGGCUAGCAAAAGCAGAAGACGAGAGACUGCAACUUUUGAUGAAGGACAUUAACAAAAACCUCGAGGAUUUAGAAGAUCGUAUAAAUUCUAUGCAAAAUGACAUUGUUCGCAACACAGAUAAACUUGAAAAACUCAAAUCAAAUAUUAAAUGGGAUAAAGAAUCUCUCACAGCAUGGGAAGAACAUGUGGCAAGAAAAGAGGAAGACAAUAUCAUGCUCAGCCGAUAUACCUUUGAAGAUGAAAGUAAAGCAAAGGAGAUGGAGUUAAAGCGACAAAAUCUACGAAUGGAAGUAGAAGAAAAGAAAAAGAUGGUAAUUGCAGCAGUAAAUGAUGUUGGAUCAUUGGAAAAGAGUGUGGAAAGAACAGCUGAAUUGUUUCGAAAGUUGCACCAGGAAAGACAAGAGCUUAUUGACCAGUGGGAAGCAUCUGUCCGCAUUCUUCACCAGCGUGAUCAUGACAUCAGCCGAGUAAUGGAGGAAAUGAACUUAAUGCGAAUAGAAGGAAGAGAAAAGUUAUCACUUCUAGAAGAACAAAAAAAUUUUUUUGAGAAUGAAGUGAGCAAUAACAAAGAACUGGAGCACCAAAUAUCUCUUGUUAAUCAAAAAUUGUCCAUACGUAGAGAUGAGAGUGCAAAGCUUGCACAGGCACUUGAGGAUUUGAUGGGUGAGUGUCUUAUCGUACGAAGGACUCUGUCAGCAACAGGAACACAACUGGAUAAUCAGAGAUCAAGGAAUACUCAGCUUUGCCUUGAAAAGGAAUCAAAGCAAAAUCGCAUUGAUGAACUGAGGCUUGUCACUUCGCAGCUCAAGAAGCGAUUGGAAAAGGCAACUGAUCGCACCACAACUGCAACGGAACAAGCUAAGAGCCUGGAGGAAAUGAUUGAGGCUGAAGAACGAGCAUUACAUGCUAUGGAAAGAGAAAAUACUCGUGCACGAGAUGUUUUGUUUCGUGUACGAUACAGAAUAAAUGACCUUGCACAACGUAAAGAGCUACAGGAAUCAGAAAUAAAGUGUGUGCAGUCUUCUAAAGCCCAAAUACACCAACAGACUCAAAAUUUAGAAAAGGAAGCUAUUCGCCAGGAAGAAAUACUGUAUGGUUUGGACUAUGAAGUGCAGCGGCUAGAAUCCCGAAUAGCACGCAUGAAAGGCAAGACUGACGAAGAGUCCAGAGCCGCUGAGGAUGAAAAACUUAAUGAAAUGCACAAGAUUUUGGAUGAGAAGACAGAGAAAGUGACUGUGCUGACUGCAGAGGUCCAGAGAGUUGAUAAGAGUGUUCAUGGACUGACAACUGAGGUUACCAAGCAUACUGCAGAACUAGAAAGGUUACAGGGAAGGCGAAGGGAUGCAGCACAUCUUGCAGAGGGUGGUCAGCGCCAGCUGAUGGUAUUGAAGGAACGUUCCCAGGAACGACAACUAGAAGUAAAUAUGUUGCAGUUCCGUGUCAGUCAAGCAGAGAGGGCAUUAGCCAAUGAAGACAACCAUGUGUUCUCACUUGAAAGACAACAGCUUGAAUUACAAAGGGCAAUGAGAGAUCGCCAGGAAGAAAUCAACAUGCAGCAGGAAUUGUUAAAAAUAAAGAAGCGGGUUCUGGAAGAAGAGAAGUCUAAGUUAAUACUAGAAAUACAAGGACGAAAGCUUAAAACAGCACAGCUUCAAUCAAAAUAUGAAAUAGCAAUGAUGUCACUUGGUAGAGCAGAAGAAGGAGAGGAGGUGUCAAUAGCAACUAUAAAACUCAAGGCAGCACAGGAGAAAUAUGAGUUGCAAGAGCAGGGCGAUGAACUAGAUGCCAAAAUUCGCAAGGCCGAAAAAGAAAUUCUUGCAAUGGAAAACACUCUGAAAUUGGUUAAUGCUUCAAAUGACACUUACAAGAAGAGCUUAUCAUCCAUUGACACAGAAAGUCCAGAGUAUCAAGAGAAAAGAGAAUUAGAGGCUCAGUAUUACAGUGCAGUUGAUUGCCUUAGACGCAGACAAGCUGAAAUUUCAGAGAUAAACAAGGACAUUGAGUUGAUGGAGCAAACACUGCAGGAAUUAUUACGAGCUGAAGAUGAGAUACGCUACACAUGGCGAGAUAAAGACCAUGAAGCAGCUGAAUUAGACAGGGAAUUAUGUGACCAGCAAGCUAAGUUGAUACGUGCCGAAGAACAAUUGCAUCGACAACAAAGACUAAUACGUGGGUCCACAAGACGCUCCAUUGAGGAGAAAGACAUAAAAACACGAGAACUACAGGAACAAAAUAUGAGUGCACUGCAACAACUAGCUGAACUUGUAGCACGACAUGUGGAGACUGGUCCUGUUGUCAGUCGCUAUCUAGUUGAGAAAGGUCUUGAGUUGCCUAUUACAGCACGUACCCAGUCUUCUCGCUCACUUGCAGCAACAUCUGUCUCCUCUGUUGAUGAAAAAAGUGACAAGUGUGAUGUUUCAACACCUAGCAGUGACCGCUCCUCGCGCACUCCCACAAGCCCAUCUGUUGUCACUCUUGACCUAUCAGUCCAGAGAUUGGAACGGACACCCAGAUCCUCAACACAACAAAAGAGGCACAAGAAGUUCUCUCACUAAACUUGAGGAGAAGUUUCCGAUAAUGAUAGUAAUUUUUUUAGUGUAAUUUUCUGUUGAACAACUCUCCUUCAAUUUCAGUGUUUUCCAUACAUAAGUUCAUAAGUAUUAGAAGUUACAAUUUUGGAAAAAUUUAAAGUACUGUUACAUUAUCUGAUUGGCUUAUGCUCUAUAUUACACUAAUAAUGGAAGCCCCUUAUCCUUAUGAAUAUGUCAUGUUAUUACACAGGACAGCUAUUUUCAUAUAAAUUGAUCAUUUGUUCCGCACAGAAACUCUCAGAAAAUGUCUAUUUUUAACUUAUUAGUUAUAAAUUAUGAAUCAUGUCUGUCACAUUAUAUAUCUUUUAAUGAAUAGUAUUCUGCAAGACACCAAGUUGUAACCAUCAUUGUAUAUAUUUAUAAAA